AUGGAACCGGAAGCUGUAUGUUUGGAGAUGGAAAAAAUGAAAUCGAAUGAUGGUUCAUUCAUGUUCUCCAUCGACGAACUGCUCAAAUCGUCUCAAAUUCGUUCCUUCGUCUCUCGGCUUAAAACAUCAUUUAACACAAGGACAGAUUCUCAAGUUAUUGUAACGAAGUGUGACGAUUCCACACCUGCAUUCACGAACAGCUCUAAUGACGGAACUGAUGCCGACAAAGACGAAGCAUAUAAGGAUGAUAUGGCUCUUCAAGAAAUUAUUGAUCAGGAGAAAGUCGCUCAUGCAUUAAAUGAUGAUGUUCAGACAACAACACAUAUAUCCAUUGACUUAAAAAUGCCCCGAGAUAAUAUUCCUAAACAAUCACUCAAAAAACUUCAACAAUUUUUUACAAAAACUCUUGAUACCAACAAUGAUGGAUUUGUAAAUUGGGUAGAUUUUGAAGCGGCAAUUGAAACGAUUAUACCAAAACAUGAUGCUGAAAAAAAUGCUCGUUUAAAAAUACUACGAAAACGUCUUGAACAACAUUUUCAAAAAUAUUUUUGGGAUUUGUGUGCAGUGGGAGAUGCGAAUAAUGAUGGACAAAUCGAUUUGGAUGAAUGGCUUGAUGUGAUGAAUGAUGUCAUCGGUGGUUUAAAAGAAAAAAAUGAAUUUCCUGAAUGGUAUGAAGGCCUCCACAAAGCUCUCUAUAGAGCAAAUGAGUUUAUGGAUGAACGUAGAGUGAGCAAAAAUGAAUUUGCUGAUAUGCUUGUCUUAUGGGACAUUGAUGGAGAUAGUUCCGAUAAAGCGUAUGAUUUCAUUACGGAAAAUGGCAAAAAGCCUAUGGAUUACAAUUUAUUUAGCGAAUUUAUGAAGAAAUUUUUUCUUAAUGAAACACCAAAUCAUCCCUUGAAUCUUGGCUUGGACAAAUAA